CAAGAACCACAAUAGUCCCGCUAAUAGCAAUCAAAGAAAUUUCAUUUCAGUCUAUACCAUUUUGUUAUGCUGCGCAGCAGGAAAGUUGGAGCGCAUCCUGCUCUCAGGCUAGAUAACACUCGCACUUCCCACCAUUGAAUGAGAAGGUUGGAAAUCAAGUGGUGAGAAGACAAAAAGGAUACACAGCUCCUCUUUACGAGACGCUACAGUGGACACAGGGCAUUUUCCACCUGGCAGAUCUCUUAAUGGAACAAAUGUGGACUCAUCGGGAGAGGCCAAGCAGGGCAUGGCUUUAAGCAGACUCCUGCUGCUCUGUAUGGUAGCCUCUGAGGUGUGGGAUGCUGAGACCAAACCCAUAGACUUUGUGUGUAACAGAUCCGCCAGGAGGGCUAUGAAUAUUGUGGCAGAAAUGGAGAGUGCACUGAGUGACUGCAAUGGCAUCAUGACCCUCUCCACACCGGUUCAGCUACCGUGCACAGAGCUUCAUGUAGCAUCUUGGGAAAACAAAUCACACCAGGAGAAGCGAGGAGACAUAGUUGCAUCCUUAAGGCUUCUUAUUGAAAGUGUGAAGGUUGUGAGGGCCCUGAGUCAGCCAGGAUGUGGUGCUUCAAUACUACAGAGGUUGGAGAACAACAUCAACAACUACCUGGUCAUUCUCACACACCUUCAUCUGAGUCAGGGGCCAGUGGUGAGUCCAUUAUUGUCUUGUGUGCCUGGAAGCUCCCAGAGUCUGAGCGCAAUCCUGUUGAGCUACAACCAACUGAUCUCAGGCAAACUGGAGCUGUUCAUGGUUAAACUGGAAGACAGAUGCACUUACCAGUGACACAAAAACAACUUCAGUGGAUCCAUUAUUCUUCACAAAUGGGUGAUGAUUUCAACUCUACUGGAGGCCCAAGUCAAUAAGGUCCACUAGUGCAAAAUGGCAGGACUGAUCUGGAUUUUCUCCUCACCCUUUCUCAAAAUUCUCAUGUGUAAAAGGUGUGCUCUUCUACCUUAUGUAGACUCAUACUCUUUAAGGGUAAAAAAACAGAAAUACACCCAUUUCUGCUGGUUACUGACAGGAACUACAUCUGGAUAAGUAGAGGAAAAUAAAAGACAGCAAUAUGUCUGUGAUGAUGAGCAUCAUGGACAAAUGAAUGUAUGAUAGGAUGGGCAGUUCUACGUAAAAUUCUACAUAAAGCUAAGGAUGCUUUAUAUUUGGUUUUAGGCUUCUGAAAAAAAUUCAAGCCUGCAAUCUUCCAAAAGGCAAGUAGCUUCUCUGUUUCCAUGUAGCUCACCGGCAGCUUCUCCAAGUCUCCACUGUAUGCAAAAUGAUCAAAAUCUAAAAGACUGUUUCAUGUUAGAGACUGUUCUCCAGUUUGAUCACAUGGCCAGAACCAAAACGUCAACUUGGUUUUUUGAAUUCAUGUUUUCAGGACAGAUUUGUUUUGCUCCUUAAUCAGUGGUACAAAGGUCUUGCAAAGUGGUUACUAUGCUAAUAGCGCCAGACAGUCAUUGCACAUUAAAUUAGAAAUCGUAUAUGGGCUACUUAUCAAAAACACUUACUGAAGAAUAAUGAUGACUGGAAAAUACUGCCGUAUCUUUCUGGUAUAAAUAUAGUGAUCAGAUUUUUGUUUAUUUUCAUUGCACUUUCAGAUCUUAUUUCUGUUUACAUUUUUUUUUUAAAGGUUAUGCUUUGCUGUAGAUGUGUGCAUGUUCCUAUGUAUUGCUUUUUUUUCAAUUCAGGAAAGCUUCGGUUUCUUUGUGAAUGUCUGUAAAUGUAAAUGCCCAGAUUUUGUAUCUAAGGACAUUUUUGCAACACUAUACCAAUACGAAUGCUGUUUAAGAUGAGACAAAAUCUUUGCAAUAUAAAAU